AUGAAGACAAAAGAACCAGUGGAUCUAAAAUCAGUUACAAAUGGCAUGACAGAAAAUGAGAUGGCAGGAGGAACAUCUGUCUCUUAUACAGUAAUUGUUUAUGGAGACCCUGCAAAGCCUGCUGUUGGAGAUAAAGUUACAGAUAAUCCAUACAGGGAAGUUAGUAAAGGACAAGAAAAUACAAAUGGAGAUAUUGAUUCUAAAUAUGUUGAAACAGAAGUGGUUGAUGAUGCGAAGAGCCAUAAGUAUGAUGGUGAAACAAUAAUGACGACAGUGGCGACGGAAGAAACCAAAUUGGAUGAGAGCACGGUUGGUAAACUGGAUACAACCGAUAUGAAAGAAGAAUCAGACAAUUAUCCUAUUGCAGAACCUGAAAAAUCCAAAGAAGAAGAAUCAAAAAGUGAAGAGACACCACAGCAAGAGGACACCGAAAUGGACAAAUCUGAUGAAAACAUUAGUUUGACUACGCCAGGCGAUGAACAGGAACCUCAACCAGAGCCGAUUACUACACGAGAUUCUGUGAUAGAAAAACCUAAUAGCAUGAAGACAAAAGAACCAGUGGAUCUAAAAUCAGUUACAAAUGGCAUGACAGAAAAUGAGAUGGCAGGAGGAACAUCAGAAGAUCCUGAUAGUAAACAAUCUGAAGACGUUGUAACACCAGGAGACGGUAAACAAGAAGCACUACCAGUGUUGAUGGAAGACCACGACAGUAAAGAAAAUGAUGUAACGGAAAUGUCAAAAAGUGAGAGACCUGAAUUAGAAAUCACAAUGCCAUAUGAUAUUGAUUCAGAAGCUGAGGCCAUAACAGAUGCACCUACUCAAAAUGAUGUUCAAAAUACGGCUUUACCACUUAACACACAUCUGGACGAUAUUGGAGUUGUUGGUCACUCUAUCGGUCCUGAUUCUGAACAAGAAAAUAUCACAAAAAGCAUGACAUUAGAAGUUAAUGAAAAUACAGAUUCCACCUAUGACGAAUCCAACACGAUGAGGAGCGUUGUAUUGGAUCACAAAAUAGAUUCUGAUAAUAUUACUGUGGCGAACGGUGAUUCCCACUCUCUUCCAGUGGAUACAAAUGGAGACAAAUUGACAGUAGACCUUGGGCCAACAACUACAGAGAACAUACCAUCUGAUGAUGUUGAUAAUGGUGAUGGUGAUAAAGAUGAUCACGAUGAAAAAACAGACGAAACACAGCCAGAGGAAUCUGAAUUAACCGACGAGGUACCACACAUGACAGUUGCAGCCCCAUUACAACACAGAAUUAUUGACUACAACGGUAAGGCGACUGUGAGAUGUUUUGUGACAGGCUACCCAAUGCCUUCUUACGAAUGGUACCACGAAGGCAAACGGAUACCAGUAGUGAGAGGGCGUAUUAAAGACAGAGUCUUCGGAUGGGGAUCAAGAAUUAUUAUAAAGAAUAUAACGGAAGCUGAUAAAGGACGCUACGCCUGUGUUGCAAAGAAUUCCGCAGGAGAAAGGACGCUUGAAGGCAGUGUGACUGUUAGAGGAGUUGCAAAAGUUGAAGAUAUCCAAGUAGUAAUUAUGUCACCAACUGAAGCACUUGUGGAUUGGAAAGCACCUAGUUACAUUGCAUCAGGUGCCACUUAUAUUGUUCGAUUUUACACUGAAGAUAACCGUGCACUGAAGUAUCAUUUCUCUACAACAAGAACUGAAGCAUAUUACAGAAAUCUUAUUCCAAAUAUGGCUUACACGUUCAGAGUUAAGAUGCAGCGAGGAAACAGACUUAGUGUCUUUAGUGACCCAAUCACUGUGAGGACAUUUCCAUUGGGACCUAAGGAUACUGAUGGAACCACUGAGAUCUCUCCUAAAGUCACUAAAAACACCAAAAUGGCAUCACAUACUAAUAUCGAAUCAACUACUGCUUCCAUCGAAGAAAAAUCUGUGUCAAUCACUAAAUCAACGAAAGAUGAAGCAGAUGUUGCAAAACAACCCACACCUGCAUUUCCGAGUCCAGAGGAGGUUGGCAUGACUACUAAUGCCCCAGAGGAAGAUAUUCCAGUUGAAACAACUACUGAAUUGGCUGAAAGUUUGCUUAUAACUGAUGCUCCCAUUCCUUACGACACAAAGGAUAUGAUACCGAGUACGUUACCUGAAGUUGCAAUGAAUAUUACUACUUCACCAGUACUGACUACUGACACUCAUAAAGAAAGUACAACAGUACCACUGAAGAUAACACCUUCAGAUGGAAUUGAAUCCACUACUGCUGGACGUGAAAUGAACCCUGCGGAUUCAGGAACAUCUGAACCACCAAUUCAAAGGCUAACUCCUACAACUGUUUCCGGGGCACAAACCUCAGUGAAGGCGGAAGAUGUUACACACAAAAAUAAUGAAUCUGAAUCAACAAGACAACCAGCCGCUGAAGAUUAUUUGCGGUUAAUUAAACCAUUGGAAAGCGUUACUGCAAUUGUUGGAGAACGCGUUCUUCUGAGAUGCUUGGUAGAAGCCAAACCACAAGCUACUUUCCUCUGGAACAAAGGCGGCAAUCCUUUAGAAACCUCAGGUUCUAAGAUUAAGCAGAGGCAGUUCUUGAAAGGUUCGAUGCUUACCUUUAAGUCAAUCAGCAUGUCAGAUGCAGGCAUGUAUACCUGUAUAGCUCUUAAUAGUAAAGUUGUUGAAACAUCUGGUAACAUCACAGUCAUUCCAAAUGGAAUGCAAAAGACAACGAAGGAACCAGAACCAAGCAAAAGUCACACCGUUAUGAAACGAUCUGUAAGGCCUGAGGACGGCGAUAAACCGGUUUCCCAUGCAUCGACAGGAACCUACACUACAUUGUUACCAACACUGAUGGAGGAGGCAUUUGUCACGCCUGAUGCAGAGUCACCAAAAAUAACAACAGUGUCGCAGCACGAUUCACAAGUAGUCACACCUGAUGAUAAGACGGUGGUAGUACGGGUUACAGCAAUUGAUCCAGAAAAAGUAGAAGAAACAGGUUUGGGUAGUCUAAAUGCCCGCCCAUCUCAGACAUGGGAUUCUAGUCGUAGAAAUGAACCGUACGUAGAGAUUAAGAAGUACAUGGACGAUCAGAAUGUAGAGGUUGGUGAUAGAGUGGUGUUUCUUUGCCGAAUUAUUGGUGAUCCUAAACCUCGAUUUCUGUGGUACAAAGACGGUGCACCAAUAGUAUUUGAUGACACUCGAAUGAAGGAAAGGGUACUCGAGGCAGGGUCAAGAUUCACUAUCAAAAGAACACUUUUGAUUGACGCAGGAGUCUAUACAUGCUACGGUUUGAAUGAUUACCAAACAGUUUCGAUGCGAGCUACGUUAGAAGUCUCUAAUAGUCAAACGUAUGUCAGUCCAUACUCAUACCCUCAACCAUCUACCAAUUCACCAAGGACUAAACCAACUAAGCCAAGAACUAAACCGCAGGCUGAAACAACGUCACUUAUUAGCUACCAGCCAACCGAUCCAUUUACACCUCAAGCAACAAAAAGUUACACUAAACAACCUGACUGCAUUGGCGAAAUUUCAAAACUUUGUCUCACCAACGAGCUGGUUGGUAAGAAGGUUGACAUAAAUGAACGGAUCUCUCUUCGAUGUCAAAUAUAUGGUGAUCCCCAGCCAGAAUACCGAUGGUAUAGAAAUGGCGAGAGAGUUUAUCCAUCGAAGCUUGGACCAAUCAGAGAAAAGAUAUUUUCUUGGGGUUCGCGUUUGGCUUUUAGGGGCGUUCAAGAAAGUGACACUGGCGAAUACCGUUGCCUGGCUAUCAAUGCAGCUGGUAUCAAAGACACAAAAGCAUGGCUUCUAGUUGGACCAUAUGCAACAAUUCCGCCAAGAAUUGAAACAGAACCACCGACUACCACGGUUAAUGUACAAACAACACCAGCAAAAACGAGGCCUCCAAAAAAGACACCCAAACCGACGGUUACAAGACCACCAAAGAGGACGACUCCACGCAUUGAACCAACUGAAGUAUUUCUACCAUCCACUACACCAAACCCAAAUGCCAAGGUAAAGUGUAUCUCUGGCAGCAAUGGUGAGCUGUGUUAUACCAAUAUGCAAAAUCAAAUAGGUGAAACAGGUGGCUACGUAGUCUUAUCAUGCAGAAUCACAGGUACACCUGCACCUUCAUAUACCUGGUUUAAGGACGGUGUUCUCAUCGUCGUGGAAGACGUAGACGAGGCAGAUGAGGAGUUGCAUCGAAUUCGUAUAAAGACGAUGCCUUGGGGAUCUCGCCUGGUAAUCAAGGGUGUUCGUUACAGUGAUGCCGGUACCUAUUUCUGUGUUGGUUCGAAUGUGGUUUCACACAUUAUACAAGCUGAUUUGAAAGUUGUACAAGGUUCGACGUCAAAGCCAAAACCUAAGCCAUCAAAGCCAAAGCCUUCGAAGCCUAAAACACCGAAACCACCAAAGUCUAAGACACCAAAACCAAAACCAUCGAGACCUGUCGAAGAGAGAACACCUCCUCCAGUUCACAAGCCUAGACCUGAUAGUGGUGCUGGGAAUAAUGGUCCUGAACAACCCGAAGGAGGACCUGAUGAUGGAAGAUGUGUAGUCUACACGGGUUCCACUUGCAGGCGUUACCUGAAGUCACAAAUGGUUUAUAUUGAUGGCGGUGUCGACCUUUACUCAAUUGAUACGCAACUACAAGCUACCUUGCAGACUCUAUCUGCUAUUGAUAUGCAGUGUAUCAAUUAUCUGGAACCGUUUCUUUGCUUCAAAGCUUUCCCUCUCUGCGAUGAUUAUGGCAGUCGCAAAAGUCUUUGUCAAGAGGACUGUUCUGUUCUUACUCGAAGCUAUUGUCGUGAUCUAACUGAUUUGAAAGCUGUCUAUCCAGGUCAAUACCUCUGGAUGCCUUCAAAUGAAGACUGCCUAUCAUUGCCGUCAGUAAGACAGGAUAGCGAUUGCACAUCAGUCGGACUAACAAAUUCCAACAACAAUAAGUCUCCAACUGAAGGAACGAAACCUGACGGCAAAUGCAAACCGUAUAAUACCGACGGGAUUUGUAGCGAGUAUGUAGGCAGCCGCAACACAUUCUUCAAGUCUGGGUUCACCUUAGAAAGUAUCGAGACCACCGUCAUGUCCAUCUUCACAGCGGCACUUACACUCGGCUCCGUCAGCAGAGAAUGUUCCAAUUACCUUCUUCCGUACAUCUGCCUGCGUGCACUUCCGCCUUGCAACCGUAAUGGUCGACCUCUGGAGGUGUGCCGUGAAGAUUGCGACGUUCUUUCCAACGACAUCUGUCGUGAGGAUUUCAAGACUACACUAGCCAGCGAUUCCGUUGAUAACAGUCUGUUCAUGUUAAAUGAUUGUUUAUCUCUGCCAUCUGAAACAGGAAAGUACAGUUGUACAACACUUAGUAUAGCUGGAGAAUUCAGAGCAACUCAAACGGAUGUCAUCUUCCCAACAAGUCCACAGCCCACAAGAAAUUGUGAACCCUAUAAGGGAACUGUCUGCUCCAAAUACUUCUCCGGACGCACUGUUUACCUUGAGCGAGGGCAGUCACAGGCAGAACUUGAGGCGGAGGUUAGCAAAGUACAGCAGCUCUUAGCCCAAGAGGCAGAUAUGGAAACGACAUGUGAAAACUAUUUAUUCAAAGAGAUUUGCUUCAACAUGUUGCCAGUUUGCAACAGUCGCGGCAAGAAACGUGAAAUUUGUCGAGAGGAAUGCUCGCAGCUUCAUAAUGAUCAUUGUUAUAAAGACUACAGAACAUUACAAGUAUUAUUACGAGGACGUGAUGACGUCUUAGCCCAGUGCUCUGCCUUGCCCAGAAAGUCAGAAAUACGGGGCCCAACCUGUGUUGAGCUUGGUGUUGCGUCUCUGCCUCAGGUUCCUCCACAAGUAGAAGUAGACCUAGAAAUGGACUCGAAUGAAAGGCAAACGUCAAUAGUAACGCUGCGGUGCCGAGCAACUGGUUCCCCUCGACCGACAGUCGAGUGGUCAAAAGACGGUGACACCCUAGAGAGUACCAAUACCAUCUCAUUAGAAAGAAACAAAGUACGGAUUCGAGUGGUCAGUGAAAGAGAAGCGGGAACAUACACUUGUACGGCACGUAAUUCUGGCGGGUCGGACUACCAAAAUAUGCUCAUCGAAUUAGUAUAGAAUUUAAUUGAUCUGGUUUCACUCAAGAUAAAUAAGAUUAUGUACAUAAUUAUCAUGUUAAACACGUUCAGAUGGUAUAGAAAAUGUAAAUUAAUGUAUUUAAACAACUUUAUGGGUUUGUGAUGGGUUUAUUUUAGUAAAGAAAGCAGGCGUAACACCCAUAAGCGCUCACUUCCAUAGUAGGUAGUUUUCGCCGCACGAUGUUAACAUUAACUUUAACGUCCCAACACGCAACACGAUAGCUCCGCCCCUUUUGUAAACAAAUCGAAAUACGCAUGCGCAAACCCGACGAUGCGACGCUGCCUGCGGAUUUUCGGUGACAGUCGAUCCGUUGCGCACGCCGUCGUCUCAUAAAGUUUUCUACGGGCUCUCGUCGGUCAAAGAUCAUUGUGUGCCCGGUUUUAAGGGCCAGAUGCGUUAAAACCCCAUGAAAAUACUCCAUUAAACGUAAAAAGCGGCCAGGGAGGACUGGGCUGAGGCCCACCCGCAUCUCACUGUGGCCCUGUGCGUCCUCUCUCUGCGCUCCACGCUGGUAGGGCUUAGAAGAGGCUUUAGUCAGAGAUCUCAAGCUUCAUAGUUACGCAACUGGAAAGAAGAUUCUAUAAUAAUGAAAUGAAAAUUACUGCUCAUAAUAGCUUCAUCAUUUAGGUAAUUCCUUACUGACAUGCUGUCUGGUCUGGGCAGGUAAAAUAUUCAAGCUGUGAUUCAUGUAUUUAUACUUAGUAUUGUCCGAUUGAAACAAUAUUACAUUUAUUUAUAAUCAAAUGAUAGGCUAAUAUAAGAAAAAGCAAUAGAGAUACGAUAAUAAUUUUAUGUUAUGAAUUUAAAACUUUUUACAUUAAAUUAGGCCUACCGGUACACUAAUACAUAUAUAAUUAUUACUAAUAUUGUAUAAGACGUAUAUGUAUAUAAUUGUACAGCAUUAAAUCAAACUAUAUUAUUGGAAAUGUAAUACGAGUUGAUAUUGUAUUUCCGUAUGUAUGUAUAUCAACAAUUAAAAUUUAAUCUCUAAACUGGUAAUUAAUUGUGUAUUUGUUUUCCAAUAUAUUUACAUUGCAUUAUUCUAGAUUUCAAUUUUAUAAUCAAGUUCUUAUCCAAUAUGCAGUAUUUAUAACUUUGUUUAAUUUAUAUAAUAUAUUGAAUAAAAUUCGAUGGGCAAAAAAACUGUAUAGACUCGGUAAAUAAGUAGAAGAAUAAAAAGCUUAAAGUCGA